AUGGCAUUUUGCAAGGUUUGCCACGUUUGGAGAGUUUGCAAGAGUUCCAAUUACAUAUCGAACCUUCUGAGUCAUUUGAAAGUCAAAGACGAAGCCCACAAGUUGGCAUACAUGGAGUACGUGAAGAAAAAGGAAAAGGAAAAACAAUUUUGUAUGAAAACAUUGUCGAGGGAUUUUUUACUUUUCCAGGGAGAUCAUUUUCUCGUGUAA